AUGGUCCACAGCGCGCUCAAGAGUUGCGUCAUUGUCACAGUCGGCCUGCACGAGGACUGGAAUAACCAGAAAGUCAAGGACUGGGUCAGCCAAGCCAGCGGCAAAGUCGAAUCUCGCGUGACGGAGGCCACCACCCACCUAGUCGUCAGCAAGAAGGAGUGGGAGAAGAAGGGCGUCGUUGUUCAAGAUGCCCUCAAGCGCAAGGAUGACUCGCUUCAAGAGAUUGAGAUCGUCUCGUACGACUGGCUCGCUGACAGCUUGCAUGCAAAGUCGAAGAAACGCGAAAAGGGAUAUCGAUUUGUUCUUGCCCGCAGCAAAGGCAAGGGAGGCGAUGAGCCACGCUCAAAUUCCGGUCUUAUGAAGCAGCUCUUCGAUGACCACACUCUGGGUCCGACGCCUGCUGAAAAGGGACUUAUCGAGAAGCGGGCUGUAGAGAACGCAGAGCUUGCGAGGAAGCGUGACGAAGCCAAGAUGAAGGAUUUCGAACAGAGCCGAAUGACAGUUUCGGAAUAUGCUGCAAUAUUCAAAAGGGGGGCCCAGAAAGCAAGGACCCAUCUUCUUAAUGAAAACCACCACAUCUACCAAGACUGCACUGGCUUCUGCUACGAUGUCACCCUUACCAAGGUCGACGCCAAGCACAACACUAAUGAGCGUUAUUCGCUGGUGAUCUUCGAAUCCAACAAUGUGCCGAACACCUACGCUCUCUGCGCCUCUUUCUCGGGCACGCGCCUGCAGCAAACCAACCACACCAUUGUCGCCAUCGGAUCGCCAUGGCCAACUGUGUAUCGCGCCUUCACACAGGCGUUCUUCGAGAAGACCGGCGUUAAGUGGACCGACCGCGUUAUAGCCGCGACGGAGCGCCAGCAGAACGAGAGAAAGAGACGCAUAAGGGGCUAUGCCGCCGAGAUGGUGGGUGGACCACAAGCUGCGAAGCGCGUCGAGGACUUUGACCAGACCAAAUUCCAGUACACUCCGCCAGCAUACGGACCAAAAGGUGAGGGUGCGGAGAUGCCUAAGGCUAAGGAUGCCCCAGUCGACCUCACUGGCGAGGACGAUGACAGUGGCACGAGAUCGGCUAGUCCAGCACACAAGCCGGAAUUCGGUCCGGAGGAGGUCGAGAAGUUCAAGCAAGCCGUUAUGGAUGGAGAAAUUGACCCUUACGAGGCUCCAUUCAGCUUCGGAAAGGAUGGCUUCGUUGCAGCUGAAGACGAUACUACGGCUGCUGCCACUAUCGGCGACGAUCUCGAUUUGGAACUGCCAGACAUUCCGGCCGACUUCGACUUCGAUGCCUUCGAGAUGCAACAUGAUACGGAAGCAGCAGGGCUUGAUCAGCAUGAUACAGAAACCGCAGCCACUAGCAGCGAAUUUAUAUCCCGCCAAGAGCGCUCUCGGGCUUCUCAGAGUCUAGGCAAGCGGAGGGACUUCCCGACCGCCAGCACCGCAGAUGAGUCGGAGAAGCAAGAGCCGGCCGAGAAGAAGCAGAAGACGGGGCUGGAGGAGGACCUGCCGGACAAGGGCCCAGAGACCCAGUUCCGCAAGGCAGUUGAUGCGAUGGCGGCUGAGCAGGAGGCGCUCCAUGAGGCGGAGGGUGACGAUGAUGCCAGUGGCUAG